AUUUGUGUUUAUGUGCGUUGUAAUUAUUGUUAUUGUUGUUCGGUGUGGUCUGUAGUCGUAGUAAUAAUUCGUGGUGCCUCCCGAGAAGGUUAACGUCGCUUUUUUCGUUCAUAAUCGAGAGCACGAGAUACCGCAUGACUGUCUUGAAGCAUUAAACAGGUAUUAUCCGCGAUUGCGCCGAUGUGUACCGAGGCAAGCGAGGUUUGAUACAGGUAUAUACAGUGUGGUUCAUUGCGUGUUUACCUCGUCCGUUUGUUGUACGCGUGUGUAUGCGAUGAACACGACUGCGCUGUAGUUUAAGUAGCCUUCACUCAGCAAGGUUGCUCUCACUUCCGAUCGACGAGUACGACUAGUGCGAUUAAUGGAUUGUACUGCUUAUAAAACACUACAAAUAUUAAAAAUUCAGAGAAUUUAAACCUUAGAUCUUAACUAGGGAUGUGUAAUUCCGGUAUACCGGUAUUUUUUAUCUUCAAAUAUUAAUAUUUUACGAAUUAUAUGGAUAAAAAUGAAAUUAUACCUGAUUUUUUAAAUUUUAUUAAAUACGGCAUCGCUCGCGAAUAUCUAAAAUAAUGAAGUUGCUUCCGUACGCGUCUGUAGUCACAGAAGAAGUAACAGUGAAGUAGAAUGGCGGGAAGUUUAAAAUGGCUGAAAGUAUAGUCUAUGGAAGUAUAGUGUACAGUCUCCAUAGUGACGUAGCUGUCGGUAAUACAGUGUGAUAAUACAGUGUGAUGGUACUAUAGUACUUAGGUUUGAGCUUCAUUGCUGGAAUGCUAGAUGGCGUUAAAGUAGUCAAAUAGCCAGAUGCAGAGUUAUUUAGAAUCAAUUUAUUGGCACUGCAUCGAAAAACACUUCUGUUUUGACGAAAACAUCGCCCUCUACGAAGAUGAAGAAGCAGCGAAAGCAAGUGAUACCUCAUCGGAAACAAACGUCCAAGCAACUUCCGUCAGCAAUAACAACAUCUACGACAACAUGGCGUUCUAUGAUAACGUCGCCAUGAUUGCCAACCGUUCUAUUUUUAUUAUUGAACCGAAAGACAAUCGUGUAGCUUCACCUACGAACUAUAAAUCCACACAACGCCCUAAAUCCGUACAUGUAGACCACUCUUUACACCAGGAGAUAUUCUUUGAUAACGAUGCAAAAGUUAUCACUGAACAACCCAAAUUUAGCAUUGCUGGAUCCAACUCUAGCUUGGACUUAAGUAAAUCUGAACCUGACUUAACACCACCAACAUACGCGCAGACCAAAGCAAAACGUGAAGCGGAAACAUUCAAAAAUAUCCCGCUUAUUACCAACACCAACACUACUUCCUUAUCGUCUCUGGCGACUAUAAGUGAAGACCAUGAGGCUAACCCACACUUACUAAGCAUUCCUCACUCUGCAACCUCCACAGGUUUGGUGAAGAUGCGGAAAAAGUCUUUACACGAACGCCGUGUAUCAAAAUCUCUUACUUUGGAUAUUGAUACAAAGAGACAGGAGGUUCCAAUUAUCAGACAAUCAAGUUUCCCUAAAUUUUAUAUUGAUACUCCGGAAGCCAAUCAGAAUACUUCUAGCAUAGCUCCAGCUGCGAUCCAAGCUCUAGAGACACCUGUUGUAGCAAAUAAUUUCAAAUUCGAUCUGCAGACUGUGGUGCAGUUAGAGAACGAGCGACAGGAGAUGGAGAUUCAGAAGAUAAACACGUUGAAAAGGUCGGUUACCAGCGUGAAGGAUAAUAGAAGAAUACAGCAGAUUAGGGACAAGUUAAAACCUAUCAAGUUGCUUAGAAAUGCGUCGAUGCAGAGCCUGUAUUCGACCAAUGGAUGAUUGAAAAUUUGUAAAUUGUAAAAUGUUAAAUGUAUAAACUCCAUAGGUAUAUUAUAUUAUGUAGGUGCUUAGAUUUAAGGCAGUUUUAUAAAAACUAGAUAUUGUUUAUAACUCUUGUAAUAUAUUAUGUUGAUUAUUGUUGUAUCUGUAUUGAAUUAUUAAUAUAUUAUAACUGAACUACGA